AUGACAUUUGGUACGAAUAAUAGUCCUGUUGGAAGUAGUAAUAGUACUGCUGCUGGUAGUAGUGUAGGAAGUAACAAUGGUGGUGGUGGUGGUGUCGUUGGAAGUGUAGGAAGUAGCAGUGGUGGAUCCGGUAGUCUUUCACCAUCGUCUUCGAUCACCAAUUUCAAUAUACUCUCGAUGCACGAGUGGAAUUCACCGACGUCCAGUCUGCAGCAGCAGCAGCAGCAAAACCAGCGAGGCAGUGCCAAUGGCAGUAGCAGUCUCUUUGGAAGUCUCAAUACGACGCCCAACUACGACGUCGAACUGAUCGUGCAAACCACAAAGCAAGAGGAUGCACGAUUCAUGGGAAAGAAGAAACGUCGGUGUUCAUCGGUAUCGAAAGUGUUUCUCGGUGACUUUUUGCAGCUGUCUUCCAAUAUCACCAUUCUAAAGAUGAUCUCAAAGUUUGGUGACAAUCACAUUCUCUUCUCGGACGUCUUGAUCAAGGUGAACAAACGUAACAAAAUGCAAGAGAGAAUCAUCAUCAUAACCGAUCGUGCACUCUACAAUGUGCAACCGGUCGACUAUAAGCUAAAACGUAGAAUCUCAAUGAUUAGUUUAACCUCAUUAUCAAUGAGUACAUUAGAAGAUAACUUUAUUGUAAUACAUGUCAAUUCAGAAUAUGAUUAUGUAUUAAUUAGUGGAAGAAAGAUAGAGAUUGCAACAGUUUUGGUAGAGGCAUAUUAUAAACAAUCGAUAUUCAAUCAGAUGUUUCCACCUCAGAUGCUGACUUUGACGACGAUGUCUAAUACAAUUGGAUCACCACGUGAUAUUUCAACGGGUGCCAAUGCAUUGGGUGGUGCUCCAUUGAUAACCAUGUCACAUUCACCAGGUGCAUUAAUACCAUCACCAAUAUUAGUUUCAAAUAACAAUAGUAGUAAUAAUAAUAGUAAUAAUAGUAAUACAGGUGUUAUUAUAGGAUCACAUCAAAAUGAAAAUAGUUUAGGUGGUAGAAAUAGUAAUAAUGGAAGUAGAGGUGGUGGUAAUAACAACAACAUAAAUAUUCCAUCAUCUACAAACCAAGGUAUUCUAAGUUCAUUGUCGACUUCACUAAGUACAACUUCAAAUAAUUUAAUCAAUUCAAUAUCAUCUUCAUUCCAACAACCAAAUAUCAAUGUUGGUAAUAAUAACAAUGUAAAUAAUCAAAGUAAUAAUACAGCUAUAAAUAACAGUUCAAAUAACAAUAACAACAUUGUAAAUAAUAAUAACAAUGUUAAUAAUAGUAGUAUUAAUAAUAAUAAUAGUAAUAAUAGUACACCGUCAACAACAUCACCAAUAUCUCAAGCAUUCAAUCAAUCAUCAUCGGAUCACUUACUACCAGUUAACUUUACAGAGAGAAUAGAAUACAAAAUUGAAGGUGAUUCAAUGCGUGAGAUCAUAUUUACUAGAGUGCAAGGUGCUGUAAACAUUCAGAUACAAACACUAAAGAGCAGCAGACAAGCUACCAAAAAGGAUCACACUCGUUUAUCUGCAAAGUACUUAGACAGAUUUAUAAAUAUGAUAAAUGAGCGUGAGAAAAUAAGAAAUAAAUGUUUUGAUGGUAGAAAGUAUACUUUACUCAUACAUCCAGGCAAAAAGAAAUAUAUCUUUCCAUUUAAGUUCUUAACUUCUCAACACUUGAAAGGAUAA